AUGUCGGAAAAUCUCAUCGAGGACGAGAUGAAGGCAAAUUCAGCAGCGACGAAGAUCCAGGCGGGUUUCCGGGGUUAUCGAGUCCGCAAGCAGCUCAAAGAUACAAAGCCCAUCCGCGAUAUCUCGUCGUCGGAUAUAACGAACGAAUCGAACUGUUUGGUGGGUCAAGAAACCCGGAGAACCUCGCUGGAAGAGAAAUCAGCGACGAAGAUACAGGCCGGAAUCCGCGGCUUUCUUGUUCGCAAAAGACAACAAGUUGCCCAAGCUGCCGCGACCAGGAUCCAAGCUGGUUUCCGAGGCUUCCGGACGAGGAAGGCCCUCAAGCAAAACGGCCAGUGA